AUGGAAGGAUCUAGUGGCUCCAGUUUUGGCAUCGACACGAUCUUGUCUAACCCCAGGUCCGGCAGCCCGGGCAUGAUGAACGGAGACUUUCGGGCGGCCCACGGCGAGGCCCGGGCGGCGGCGGCGGCGGCGGCGGAUUUUCGCAACCAGGCCACCCCCUCGCCCUGCUCGGAGAUCGACACGGUGGGGACGGCGCCCUCCUCGCCCAUCUCGGUCACCGCGGAGCACCCAGAGCAGCCACCGCAGCAUCUGCCGCCCGAUGCGCUCCCGCCGCAGCAUCACCACCUCCAUCACCCGCCGCCGCCAAGUUUGCAGCCGUCGCCGCAGCAGCAGCAGCCCCAGCCUCCUCCUCCGCCGCCGCCGCCGCAGCAGGCGUUGGGCUCGGCCGGCUCUGCCCCCCGGACUUCCACCUCUUCCUUCCUCAUCAAAGACAUUUUGGGCGACAGCAAACCGCUGGCGGCGUGCGCCCCGUACAGCACCAGCGUCUCUUCCCCGCAUCACACCCCCAAGCCGGAGAGCAACGCGGCCAACGAGAGCUUCAGGCCCAAGCUCGAGCAGGACGACGGCAAAACCAAACUCGACAAACGCGACGACGCGCAGAACGAGCUCAAAUGCCACGGAACGAAAGAAGAAGGCGAUCGUGAAAUUACAAGUAGCCGGGAUAGCCCCCCGGUGAGAGCGAAGAAGCCCCGCAAGGCGCGGACGGCCUUCUCGGACCAUCAGCUCAACCAGCUGGAGCGGAGCUUCGAGCGGCAGAAGUACCUGAGCGUGCAAGACCGCAUGGACUUGGCGGCCGCCCUCAACCUGACGGACACCCAGGUCAAAACCUGGUACCAAAACCGGAGGACCAAGUGGAAGCGGCAAACGGCCGUGGGGCUGGAGCUGCUGGCCGAAGCUGGGAAUUAUUCGGCUCUGCAGAGGAUGUUCCCGUCGCCCUAUUUCUACCACCCCAGCUUGCUGGGCAGCAUGGACAGCACCACGGCCGCCGCGGCCGCCGCCGCCAUGUACAGUAGCAUGUACCGGACUCCGCCGGCUCCUCACCCCCAGCUCCAGCGGCCUCUGGUCCCCCGCGUGCUGAUCCACGGCCUGGGACCCGGCGGGCAGCCGGCCCUCAACCCCUUGUCCAACCCCAUCCCGGGGACCCCUCAUCCGCGGUGA